AUGAACCACUACCCUCCCCGUGUCAUGGGAGGCCCCCAAGGCAACGAGCCAGCCCAACGCCUCAAUCAGCUGCUCGACAACAUCAAGACCGAGUUUGAAACCGAGUCGCAGCGUAGCAUCGAUGCCGAAGGCCAAAUUUCCCGCCACAUUCAGGAGAUUGAGUUGAUCCGCGGCAAGGUCUACUCGCUCGAACAAUCACACAACCAGAUGAAAGCAAAAUACGAGGAGCGCAUCGCCCAGCUCGAGCGCGAACUUGAAGCUCGCGGCGGCCCCAGCCAGAGCUCGCAGCACCACGGCCCCUCGCAGCCUCAGCCACCUCAGAUUGGCCAUGGACCUAGUAACUUGUUCGGCGGCAUAAUGGCAGGCAGUGCUGCCCAAGGUGGCCCGGGACUGGCACCUCCCCCACAGGAGCCGCCCCAGGGCCAUGGCAUGCCGCCGCAAUUGGGAGGUCCCCAAGGCCCGCCCGGACUCAACCCUGCUCCUGGCCCACCACAGCACUUUGGCGGCUACCAGCAGGGUCCAUCUGUAAAUGGUUAUGGUCAGCCUCCACAGCCCACUGCCUCCCCUGGUGCUAAGCGUCCAGGUCCUGCUCGCGGUCCUCCCAACGGCCCUCCCAACCCCGCGACUCCUCAGCAGAACAAUCCUGCUCCGUAUCCCGGAUCGCCUCAAGUCCCGCGACCAACUCCUCCCCCCAACCAUCAUCAGCAGCCGAAUGCUUUGAUGGCGCCCAACCACAUUCCUCUCAGCCAGAGCAACGUCUUGGCUGACCUAGAUAUCGAGCAGUUGCCAGAGAACCUGAAGAAGGAGGGCAGCGAUUGGUUUGCUGUCUUCAACCCUCGCUCCAGGCGCGUGCUUGAUGUCGACUUGAUCCAUAACUUGCCACAUCAGAGCGUGGUUUGCUGUGUACGCUUCAGUUUGGAUGGUAGGUGGGUUGCGACUGGUUGUAACCGCUCGGCCCAGAUUUUCGAUGUCGAGACUGGUAACCCUGUCGCGCAUCUUCAGGACGGAAGCCUUCCCGAGGAUGGUGAUUUGUACAUCAGGAGUGUUUGCUUCAGCCCCAACGGGCAAUACCUCGCAACCGGUGCUGAGGACAAGGUCAUCAGGGUUUGGGACAUCGCUAGCCGCACCAUUAAGCACCAAUUCACUGGACACGAGCAGGACAUCUACUCGCUGGACUUUGCCAGGAACGGCAAAAUCAUUGCAUCUGGUAGUGGUGAUAGGAGUGUCCGUCUUUGGGAUCUUGAGUCCAACAUGCAAGUCUCCAACUUCUCCAUUGAGGACGGUGUCACCACUGUGGCGAUCUCUCCAGACAACCUCUACGUUGCAGCCGGAUCGCUCGACAAGAGCGUCCGCGUGUGGGACAUUCAGACUGGACAGCUUGUUGUGCGCCUCGAAGGCGAGCACGGCCACAAGGACAGUGUCUACAGUGUGGCUUUCGCUCCUUCCGGAAACCGUCUUGUCAGUGGCAGUCUGGACAAGACAAUCAAGAUGUGGGAGUUGUCAACCAACAACCGCUUUGUCCCAGGCGGGCACCAGCCGAGCGGCAAGUGCAUCCGCACUUUUGAGGGUCACAAGGACUUUGUGCUCAGUGUUGCGCUUACCCCACAUGGUGACUGGGUGCUGAGUGGUUCCAAAGACCGUGGUGUCCAGUUCUGGGACCCUCACACUGGUGUCGCGCAACUCAUGUUGCAAGGACACAAGAACUCAGUCAUCUCUGUAGCCCCUAGCCCCACAGGAGGCGUUUUCGCUACCGGCAGUGGUGACAUGCGUGCGCGUAUCUGGAGAUUCGACAGAUAUCCCGGACCUUAG